GUAUUUUAUCUAAAAAAAUGAUAUCGUAAGACACAUGUAUUGAAACAACGUGAGUCAUACGCUAAUUUUUCAGAGAAAGUAUUUCUAAAGGUUAUUUUAUGAUACUGCAGUAGCUGCACUGAAAACAUAUUUUUCGUCCCAAUAUUGUACUAAAUUGGCGACAAAAGCUGUUGGCAACAGUGGACGUAUGAAACAAUCUUGUUUACAAACAUUCCUGAGUCGACAAUUGUAAAUAUGUGCAUUGUGCAUGGAAUGAAAAAAUGUUGCAUUGGUAUCCGAACAGUUAAUAUUACUGAGGAAUAAACAUGUCUGGAAGUAAAGACAGUGAUAACGAUGAAUCACCACGCUCGAAGUCCUCAUCUGCCAUGCUGUAUGACGAGAGCAUUGAUGUGGUGGGUGCAGAGGAAGUGGAGAGUCCAACAUCCAGUAGUAACAAAGAUAGAGAUCUAUACAAUUUCCAGGAUAAAAAGGCAGAUUGUGACAAUAAGUCCCUUGCAGGUCCUUCCAAUGAUGUGGCAAUACUGGGAAUCCAACGCCCUGGUUCGUCACACAUUUCAGCACACCAUCGUAUGACUCAUCAAAUCCCAGAUCAUUCAGAUAACAGUGAGGAUGAUGAUGAUGAUGAUGACGACGAUGAUGUUGAUGUACAAGCUGCAACAUUAGAAGGGACAUAUGAUCCAAAUGAAUUCAACCACCUUCCAGUAUCAGCAGAGGUGAAGGACUUAUUCCAGAACAUUACACGCUACACACCACAGAACAUAGAAUUGGAUUACAAGCUACGGCCAUUCAUCCCCGAUUUCAUACCGGCUGUUGGAGAUAUUGACGCAUUCCUCAAGAUUUCUCGCCCAGAUGGGAAAAGUGACAGUAUUGGACUGACAGUACUGGAUGAGCCAUGUGCUAAGCAGAGCGAGCCGGCAGUGCUUCAUCUUCAGUUGCGAGCUGUUGCUAAACAGAGUUCUGCAAAGGCUGUGGUUGUGAAGAAAGUGGAAUGUGCAGAGAAGAAUACAAAAGCUAUUGACCGGUGGAUCAAAGAUAUCAGUGACUUGCAUCGCAGCAAACCCCCACCUACAGUCCACUACUCAAAACCAAUGCCAGACAUAGAUUACUUGAUGCAAGAGUGGCCUGCUGAUGUAGAGCAACAGCUGGGAGAAAGUGGUUUGCCUAUUGCUGACCUUGAUUGUGAUCUGCCCCGAUAUGUGGAUAUAGUGUGUAGUCUGUUUGACAUCCCAGUAUAUGAAUCCAGGAUUGAGUCCCUUCAUGUACUUUUCACGCUCUACUCAGCUGUCAAGAGCACUCAGUACAUCAAUUCCAGCCAAGAGAGGAACAUUGAUACAGAAGAACAAGUUUCGCCCACAACAUAAAUUAUGCACUUAUAAAUAUAAUGUUACAUUGUCAUGGUCACUGCUCACAUCGCAUAUGUAAAUAUAGUUCUAAUAAAGCUACUCAAUACGUUUAACAUGUUUAA